AAAACCGUCAGUUCUCACAUCCUCAUAUCCAGUGCUACACGGGAGUUAGCCACAAAUUCAACAUGGUUCUACAGCAAUGCUUGGCAUGCAACGCAAUGGUAAGGUUUAGACGCUUUAGGUUGGAUUAUGCUCUGAAAUUAGGACAAUUGGUCACUCCAGAGUUAUGGUUUGGCUCGCAGAUAUUCAAAUUUGUUGUCGGUCGUUAAUUUUCAUAAUCCUGACGGCCCUUAGUCAACCACGACAACGUGAACAAGCUAUAUUCUGCUUAAAACGUUUUAAAAAACCUCGCUAUGAAUGACCCAAAAUUAAAAUAGGAAAUCAGCCGAUCAACAGUGGCUUAAAUCCAUAGCGUUUCGAGAUUAAAAUAUGGCAAGAAAUAUCGACAUCAUAUGCGUUUGUUGGCGAGCGAGCGACACAUAUGAUCGCCGGUCUUCUCUGACAUGAGGGAGCUGUCUACAGCGCUCUCUUCGACGCCAGAUAGAGGUUGUAAUUUAUCCUUUUUCAAAUACUCCAGUUUUUUCUUUUACAAUGAGCAAGGGUUGGUUUGUUGGCAAUCAAUAAUUACAAUGUAUAUAAACAACAUCUUUUAUGGAAAGAUUCAAACUUGCUGAGGGAGUGUAACAAUAAAGAUUUCGAAACCAGACUUUACUGAGAAGCCCUCUCGCUGUGCUGUGGUAAAAAAAUUCCGCGAUGAUUUUAGUUUCGUCAAAAUGAGCUGUUACUCUAGAAGUUUGGUUUCACUGCUCUUUGUAUGCAAUGGCUGUGAACUCAACUGCAGUAAAAUAUCGGAAUCGUCUUGACCCCUGUUCCCUGACGCCUGCCCUGGCGAGCCAGACAUCUUUGGUCAAAACCGAUUUUGAAAGCAAGGACACGUGGGAACAAUUUUUCUUUACCUACUCGUUUGAUUCCCGAUAAGUGAAUAUUCCGUUUACAGCGCUAGCACCAAUUUUCAACCAGGGUCUGUUGACCGAAACGGGUUGUUUUCAACAAACAUCCGACACCAUCCUCGCCUAGAAAAGGGAAAUAUCUUCCUAAAGUAAACCAUUUUUCUUUGCCAUUCAGAUUAAAGAUCUUCAGCUUAACUAAUCCUCUCUGGAGCUGAUUAACUCGAAGUUCUUUUGAACUUUCUUAUAACAAGGCGUUCUCCAGACGAACCGUAAAAAAAAAAUGCAAAUUAGUGCACUUUUACUUUCGUAUAUUUUCUUGUUGCGUUGAAAUGCCAUAUUUUUUUAACACGGAAGUUGUAAAUUGUUUUAAGAAAUACUAAUGCUGUAAUUCUUACCCCACUCCUGCAGAUAACUGAAUCUUGCCGGACAUGCGUUUGUGGUCACGUGCUCGAAGACGUCAAAGCAAUCGCGGGAAAAAGAUUCUCGGGCAAGUUUACAACUGUCCGCGCUCGCUUGCUAGAUAGUUUAACUCACAUUUAUAAAAAAAAUGGAUUGUUACAUCGCUAAACUGAUAGAAAGUGUGGUCUAGUUAUUAAAUAAUAAUGAAAAAUUAAUCCGUGAACUUUGUCGUUGUUUUUCCCACAGAAUACCGCGUUGAGCUGUAUUCACGCCUGGAAAACAAGAGAAUAAAGCAGUUGGUAAGAACAAACAGAAAAGCGAGCGGAAAGGAAACUACCCGACAGCCUCUGAAAGAACGCAAGGUAUAUUUAGGACAAACAAAAUUCAGUGCUCAGCCCACAAAAAUAAUUCCAAUUUUUUCUCCCCCUGAUCGACUUAACUGAAACAUCGAGUAUUCAUGUCUGAAUUUCAAAAUAACAAUAUAAGACUCACACUUAAAACGAAGCUAAUUCAUCUUGGAUUUCUCUGUGUAGAACUAGCCGUAUGUACUGAUAAAUGUUUACCGUUUCGUUUUAAAUUUUACGCUAGAGCAACCCAAAAGAAUUCUUAGCUGUUACUUCAGCACUUAAACCCAAGACCUGUCCACUUGGCUCAAAAACAUAUCACCGAAGACCAAAAGGCAAACGUCUUUCGCGCCCUGUCAACACGCCAUCCAGCGAAACAACUGCUGUGCCACCUGAACUAGUGUCCAGGCUUCCGAGUGCUCUGCAAGAAAUUAACAGAAGAUUGACAGGACAGAACUUGAUAUGGUGGACAAUGCAGUUAUCAUAAAAGCUACGCCAACGGUGAAAGAACCAAAGAGGCCAUCAAAAGGAGAACUCAAAACCAUGAUGUGACUCACGUGUCGCUUUUGGAUUUUAUCCCAUGAUGCAGCAUAAACCUGGUAGCCGUAAUUGACUGAUUUUUCGGUCUACGGCUGGUUUGAGAAAAAAAUUUAAAAAAAAAACAAAGCGGUAACUCGCUUUCGUACGAGGGAACCCUAGAAAGCUUAGGGUUGUUUAACCAAACAGAAAAAAACAAUUACAUCCCAGACCUGAAAUGUGUCACGCGGACUGCGUAGGCGCUUUCACUGAAAAGAUGAGCCGAAAAAUACUCGUGCAAACCUUGAUAUGAGUAACUUUUCUAUCUAAGUGAGGAGACAACGGAAUUGAUAAAAUGCGGAGGAUUUAUUGAUGGGCUUUAAGGCUGAUGGACGAUUUAACGGAUAGACCACAAUUUCAAGCAAAGAAAGAAAUUGUCAGGCGUGGAAGCUGUUUUCAAUCCAUAUACAAUUAGGGAGUCAUUGUUAUUUUGAGCAAAGCAAAAUAGGCGUCAUAGGACUCCUGCUUGAUCAUGUCAUGACAAACAUUUGUUGCCAAAAACAAAGGUUACAUCAUGAAUGUCUCGAAAAUGAAACUUAUGCUGGUUGAAAUAAAAAAAAUUGACAAUACUUGUUUAGUCUGUAAAGGGAUAUGCAAAGGAUGGACUAAGAAUUAAUUAUAAAUUAGAUGAUUAAUCUAAAGUUGCUAUAGAGUAUGUUAAAGAUCGCAAUCGAUCCAAUGCAUGAUCGAACAAGGAUGUCGACUGUUUUUUCGUUGUUUGUGGCAACUGACUGGCUGUAUCCAUGAAAGGGAGGUGUCGUAAUUGUACUUUAUCUACGCAGUCACGCCUUACAGUUCUAGGUUUUAUUUCACAUGGCGUUUAAAAACAUCAAUUAACCUUUCGCCAUAAUUUUCCCGACUGUAUAACGUCAAGCGAAUAAGAAAUGUUGAACGAUUUAACCAAAGAAAAGAUCCCUGCUUUCCAGGUGAAAAUGACUUUGAUUCAAACGAAAUGCAUCUUAGUGCAACAAUAAAAACUAGGAGGUAUAUUUUAUUGACGUUGUAUAUAUUGUAAACCUGAAACAGUCGAAUAGAUAUCUUUUCCCCACAACAUUUAGUUCUGUGUCGCCUACCUAAGUCCUGGUUCCAAGCGCCUUCCUUCCCCUUGAUUGAAAGAAAAUGGACAUGACAUCAGUUAUCUCGCUUCGCCUGCUACGUCAUAAUCAUGUGAUGUUACUUAUAGUUAAGAAAGCUGUAUGGUUAUGAUUCAGUGCUGUGUCAGCUUAUUGAUAUUGCCUUGUUAGCAGGAAAUAACUUUUUUUAUAACCACAAUUUAAUACCUCGUUGGCCUUGAUGUCACUGAAGUUUACAGAUGGUGUUUGAUCGUUGUAUUGCGUGUAAUAAGUUGGUAAGUUGCUUUAAUGCACGGAAUUCAUUUCUCUUUGGGUUCUCUUGGGCUGAACUGUAUUUUAAUCAAUGCCACGUCAAGUCCUAGUGCAAGAUUAUUCCCAAACUUCAUCUGGAAAGCAUAAGUUCCCAAUGGAUUUUUAUGCCAAUGUGGACAAUUUUAUCAUUAACACAGCAAUGAAUUGAACGCAUAUGAACAAGCCUUACCUUUGAGAGCAAUGAUUGUUUCUCUAAAACGUGUUUAACUGACCGGAAAUUGUUUUGAUUAAUUCAUAGUGCACCUUUUCAUCGACAUAGACCUACAACCAACGAGAAAUUUGAAAAUCAAAGAUUACUCGUUAAGCCCUUGAAGAGACUUUUGCUUCAAACCUCUGUCUGAAUUCGCACCACGUAUUCAUGUUGUCAUUUUUGUUUUUAUUGAAAACGUUUUUAUGAUAUUCCGAUAGUUUCCGUCAAACGCUCAGUCGAUUUGAUAUCGUCAAACCUGGGAAGAACUUCUCGCGUGACACAAGUAUGUAGUCACGACUUCUUCUUUCUGUGAACGCGAUGCAAAUUUAGAUUGCUCUUGAAAUAAGUGAAAAAGCUCCUUUCUUGGUUUAGUUAACCCCCAAGUAAGAAUGUCACACAUAAAUGCCAAAACCGGAUGCACGUGGAACAACAAAUUUAAAUGGAGAGUGGUACUCAAUCUCCAUUUCUUUCCGCCUACUUAAAAGACUUGAUAAUAACUUUUCUUUUAAAAAUAGAUCACAUAAUGUAAUUGCACUCCAACCUAUCAAAACAUAUUAAGUCAUUUGCUUCGUAAAGAAAACUAUGAAGCAUUACUUGAUAAAACAACCGAAGCCUAAAUGGAAAGAACGACUCUGAAACGAACUUGGAUGACGAUUGACUCAGAACGCAUACAUUUUCAAGACAAACGAACCGUUUGUGAAGUUAAAUUCUCGAGAGAAAUUGUUAAUUCACGGACAUGAUGUCAACGAGGGGGUAGAUUUUUAAAGACACCAUGGUGCUACGUCAGUGGGAGAGUAUAGCAAGGAAAUUUGGUAUUAUCAACUGGGUUGAUAACGUAAAUUGGCCACCGUUAAGAGUUUCAAAGCUGACGUUUCGAGCGUUAGCCCUUCGUCACUCGCUCUGACCUAGGGCUAACGCUCAAACCGUCAGCUUUCAAACUCUUAACGGUGGCCCGGCAAUUUACGUUAUCAACUCAGUUUAUGAUACCAAAUUACCUUGAUACCAUUGAGGCCGAGCUCGAAAAGUUUGCCUUGAUUUUUCUUAUGAUGUAUGUUUGUGGAGUUUAACGCCACUUAAGGGAUCAGACAAGAUUUACGUCCUACGUAAUAGAUAAUUGCUUAGUAACAGGCCAAUACAAUCCUACGCUCGAUAGCGUUCUUCGACUUUCCGUUAAUGAAUACUGAUGUAUUUGAACCUUUGAUUAAGCUUUUUCAUGGGAAGAGAGAAUCUAGAAAAUUGAUAGUACUUCCUUCACACAUCCACGGUUUCUAUUUUCUUUCAGAGCAAGGGAUUUCUUACAUACCAAUCAUUAAAAAUAAGGAAGUCAAUAAUUAAAUGACUGGAGCGACAAUAGAAGUUUUACGUCAAAGGAAACCGAGUACCACACAAAUGGUUCUGCAUGGAAUAAAUGCACAGUUUCUUACCAGAAAGUUUAAAUUAAAAUUAUGUGAUUGUGUGAAAUAGAUCGAUUUUCAAUAUUAUUAUUCUUCAAUGAAAACAGAACCUGUUUGGCUUCGUCAUACAGCCAGUUGAAAACAAGUUAAAAUUUUCAUUUCUUUGUGUAAAAUAUUUUUAAGUCAUCUCAGCAACGGCAGCUUAUUCCAUGGAGCUACGUCAAUACAGCUCACACAUGCACACCUGCCUUGUUUGCAAUCAAUUCAAUUUUGGCCACGUGACUCAUCACUCGAUACCGAGGCUGACUGGCCUGUGGCUUAUUAUUAAAGCUCGUAUGUUUGUGGAAUCUAGUGAGUCGUAACGCGCAGAAACAUAGAUAUAAUCAUCUAAAGAUUCCGUGAUCUUCGCUAUGACAAGAUGGUCCUCCAACAGUGUUUGGCCUGUAACUCAGUGGUAAGAUUAGAAAUCUCCAGACUUUGAGAUAUUGUUAUGGAUGAAUCCGCUUUUGGCAGCUGCUUUCUUUCCCGUAGUUUAAAUAUUCAAAUCUUCCGUCGUCUGAAAAUUUGUAUUCUGUCUUCCUUUCUUCUUUUUCCCAUCGUAUCAGUACUCGUCUUUAAUUUUGUGAAAUAUUUUUGCCUUCUUUUUUCCCCAAAUUAAGUGUUCUGCUAAUAUUUUUCUAGUUUAUCGGUCGAUUUUCCAUGUGUCGAUAUUCAUGUAGUUCAGAGUUGAGAACGAUCUAGACGUACCGCCCUUUCUGGUGCUGAAUGACAAACACGCGUGGUAGGGCUUAACCACAAUCCCUUUGGUAUUGCUAUUAUUUUCAAAACAGACUUAAAUUUGAAGAAACCGUCGUAAUAACUACGAAUCUGGACAACCGAAAGGCAAAAAUCAUUGCAAAACCAAACUAAACUAGCGCGAGCCCGUUCGACCUCAGAUAUGCUCCUCACGACACGGCAUCGUAGCUUAAAGGCGAAUGAAUCAAGCAAGCUUAUCCCUGGAAAGAUUAGAAUUGAUUUCACAUAAGUAGGACUCAAAAGGUUCUUUUUAUUUUUAAACUGCUUGCAUGCUCCGCAAGAUUUCCAUUGUGGUGGGCGCAAGCGUAAGUGGAGAAUUGUAUCUCGGUAUUUAUUUUAAAAUGGCCUAAGCAGCCAGAGCUUUAAUUUUCUCGCUCUCUCAUCUGACUCAGAAAACUGACUCAUGCACUUCAUGUGCAUGCGGCCACGUGUUUGAACACUGUAAGCUGAUUGGUGGAAAGAGAUUUUCAGGUAAGCCUUAAUCAUAUAAAGCAGACAGUCCCUCAAAGCUAAGAAGUAUUUCUUGAUGAAUCAUAAAAAUUACAAUUUCCUGCAUUGUGAUUGGUUUAAAAAACUCCUAUUUUCCACUAAUUCACUCGCCAAGUUGUUAUCGGACAGUUUGCUAUCGGGCAGUUCAAUAAACCAAUCACAUUCAAAAUUGUAGUUUAAAUUAACCAAUCACAACCUUGGUUUCAAUCACCAAAUUGUCAGUCUUUUAAUCCAAAUUUUCCCUUUCUUCCAUAACUUGGCUAUUCUUGUUUCUCGGGAAUUGUAAUUUUUGUGAUUUAUUGGUAAUAAGACUUCGUGUCGUCCAAUUCGGUCUGUAAUCAUACUCGUGAUGAACGAAUCGGACUCCCGCUGCGCGGUCGUCCGACAUGGUUGUCACUCGUAUGAUCACAAACCGACUCCACUCGGUCCUAUUACCAUUAAUAUUAAUUAUUUCUUUAUUAAUUUUGCGACUGUAAUUCGCGUCUUCAAGUUAUCUAGUCCGGUAAUGUAUACGCCUCCCAGUAAAUAAAGCUAUCGAUAAUUCAGACCAAUUUUCAUUACCUAUCCACUUCCACCAUUUGAUAUCCUUCGGUAGCAUUUCAAAUGAAUGUGUUAUAUUAGCUUCUGAGAAUUGUAUAUUAUUCAAUCUUUUCCGAAGUUUAAAAUGACGAGAAAAGGUCUCUUAUUUUCAUCAUCAUACCUUCAAACAUAAAUACUUAUCGAUUAAAGGAGAAGGUGUUGUCAGUUGCUAUGGGUAAAAACUCACUAACUCCACGGGAAAACACCAACGUGAAUUUAUAACAAUUUUCGAUUGAAAUCUGGAACAUUUUGCAAUAAAGUCGGUAACACCUGUAUGUAAUUUCCUUAGUUUUGAGUUGGGGGUGUAACGAAUUCUUUAUGAUUGCCGAUUCCCACGGGAAAGAGGGAGUUUUGUUUCUCCGAGCCCCUCAAUGUUGUCCUCAGCUUCGCCUCAGGGAAUAUUAGGGGGCUCGAGGAGACAAAACACACUAGUUCCCUUAGGGUCGGUCUUUAAGUGCUCAUUUAAAUCUAAUUCACAUGUUGGGAAAACCCUGAGGGAAGAGUGUGACUUUCUCCAUAUGCCAGUUUUAAAAUAGUUUACCUCACGCCACCUCUUUUCCUUUUCCAGAAUAUCGAGUGGAGCUAUAUUCUCGAUUGGAAAACAGAAGGGUGAGAAGACUCACAAGGGAAAAGAGAAGAAAAACAAAGAAUAUUAAACAGACACGACUCGAGGUCAGGGAAGUAGUUUAACACUCAGAAAGUUAAAGCUUUCUUUCAUUGAAGAUAAAUUGGUAUCACUCAUCAUGCUCACGUUUCAGUUUCAUGGAAACCGGGCGCUUUCAAGUCGUAUCAAAGUGUUAAUCAUCCCACAAAAUUUCCACCUUCGCAUUUUUUUCAAAGGUGCGAUUACGUCUGGUCUUCAUUGGAGACGUCAGCGGGAUAGGAAUCGAUGAAUGUCGCUAUGCUUCCUUGCAUCUUAAUCUGCCCGUUGCCUAUUUUUCUCGUUCAGUUAUCAAGUUCUUUAUUUGUGAUGCGAGUUGAUUAAGGGUUUGAUUCCCCCAGUUUUCUCCAUUGUUUAUCAUCUUCGCUUGUCAUUUUCCUUCAAGCAUUUUACAUAUCCCUAUUGGCUUUAUUGUGCUGCUUCUCCGAUAUGACAAAAGUUUUGUAGGGCGCCAAAAAAAAAAUAAUAAAAUUUCAUAACAUCUGUUUCUAUCAUAAAUGCAUAUUGAUCACUCACUUUUCUCAUUCCCAGACUAGGGCGGCGGCAGAUCAAACACCAGCAGCCAUACAUUUACCCCUUAAGAAGAAAACACAGACACCCAGCCAAUCUGCUACCCGACGAAUGAAAACCAAAACAUUCAGUUCGCGCACAACUGGCUCUAAAACAAGCAAAACUUCCCCUCCCCCGGAAUUAGUGUCCAGGCUUCCUGAUGCUCUUCAGGAAAUCAACAGAAGAUUGACAGGACAGAAUCUGAUGUGGUGGACAGUUCGCUGGAUGCAGUAACAAUUCUUACUUCAAAAGGACUUUCUAAACUUGAAAAUAUGCCACAUUUCCUGUCAGCCUCAGAGAGGAUUACAGUCAAGAGUCACGAUAUCGAUUCUGAAACCAUUCAAGACUAUGCCGAUAUUUCCGUUUUUAGUUAAAUAAGUGGGGUAUUUUGUUUAAACUGAUUAGCCAGUUUCUGUAUCUUUCCGCACAAAUGCAAAGCAUUCCAAAUGAUAGUAGGAUCAACUGUUUGAAACUUCAUCCAAGCAGAGGUGACCCGCCUAAAGAUAUCUUUUGUUUUCUUUUUUUCUUAAGUGCCACAAGCCCUCUUUCAUUUCAGUCUGAUGCCUGAAAAUAAAUGAAGCCUGCAGUGCACUUGUUUUUUGUGAUUUGGGGGAUUAUGUAAAGAAGUUAUUUCCACCGAAGCUCUGACAAAGGUGCACUAACACGGUUGCAAAAAAAUUGAACCUGAAAAUGACAAAAAUAUUCUUGAUUACUUUUUUUUAUUUUAUACUCUCCUACGAUAUUAACAAUACAUUGCUUAGGAUACUGAUUUAGCCUAACUUACGAUAUCUAGGCUACUUAAACUUGCUUUACAAAAAUUUUCCAGUCUUUUUUUUAACUCAAAGAAACUUGAAAAGAAAGAAUGAUAUAAUAACAUUUUUAUCAAACGACUCUUACACAACUUCAAUACAAUUUUUGCACUACUUUUUUUUCGCAAUACCAAUACCACUACCUACGAAAGAAAUGACAAAACCAACAAAAUUUAAAAUAUUAGCACUGACAAUAAUGAUGUAACUAGCGUUACUUCUGGUAUUCAAAUGCGAACAAGACUAUAGUAACGUUACGUGUACUAGUUAGUUUGUAUAAAGCUCAGCGAAAAAUUCUUAAUCACUUUUAAUAACGAGACAGCUGGGGGCAAGGCAGAUAGCUAGAUAUGUAAUGUAAUCUUAUCGCAAUAAAAA